UUCCAUAAUCUUCAGUAAAAUUAACAAAAAAAUAGAUUAAAAAGCGAAAUCUUCAUUAGAACUCCACAGUCCUCACUCAAUUCCUUUAACAUCUCUCUCUUAAUAUCUUUUUUAAUUCAGAUAUUAGUGAGAGAAUAAAAAAUAAGGGAAAUAAUUGGAGUGCAUUGGUUGGCUUAGUCUCACUGUCGGUGGCGUUUUUAAACACAAGUUUACAGCUACUUUCGAUCGUUGUCCCGUCACUUUCCUCAAAUUUUCCUCCAUUUAUCUUUUUGAGGGCUCCUUGUUCUUCAAGAGACAGAGACGGAGAGCGAGAGUGAGAGAGAGAGGUCUGGGAGCCCCGGAGGUAUCCAUGGUAUGAGCUCUUGGAUCAAUCGAUCUGUUAUUCUUCGUCUUUGGGGAUUGUCUCCAUCACUCUUCAAUUCAAGGUGGUGCUGGGUGGAUCUGAACUGUAAUUGAAGCAUUUAUGGAAGAUCUGUUUUCUAAGUGAUAGUGGAGAAGCAGAAUCCUGAGCUUUUGGGCAUAUGGUGAAAGAGGAAUUGCGCUUUCUUGGCGUGUCAAUUUGCGGCAUUUGCCAUAUAUUUUGCUGAGAUUUACGCAGCAUAUCAGUUCAUCUUUCACUAUCCAAGUAAACAUAAGCAGUGUCGAUGGAAGGAGGAGAGCCGAAGCCUUCAAGGCACCAUGCUGAUCAGGUCUGCCAGAUCUGCGGUGAUACAGUGGGCACGACGGUGAAUGGCGAUCUCUUCGUCGCUUGCGAUGUUUGUGCAUUUCCUGUUUGCAGGCCUUGCUACGAGUAUGAGAGGAAAGAUGGUACUCAGUCUUGCCCCCAGUGCAAGACUAGAUAUAAGAGACAUACAGGAAGCCCUCCUAUUCGUGGUGAUGAAGCAGAUGGUGAUGUUGAUAACGUGGCUAGUGAUAUCAAUUAUUCGUCUGGGACUCAAGAUCAGAAGCAGAAGAUUGCCGAACGCAUGCUCAGUUGGCAGCUGACCUAUGGCCGAGGGGAGGAAGUUAGUGCUCCAAACUACGAUAAAGAGGUCCCUCUGAACCAUAUACCUCUGCUCACGAAUGGCCAGGCGGUUUCAGGAGAGCUUUCUGCAGCAUCCCCUGAGCGUAUGUCAAUGGCAUCUCCUGGUGGUGGGGGAAAGCGUGUGCAUCCGCUCCCUUAUUCAUCUGACAUCAAUCAAUCACCUAAUCCAUCAAGGGAGUUUGCACAAGGAUUUGGAAAUGUUGCUUGGAAAGAGAGAGUUGAAGGCUGGAAAAUGAAGCAAGAGAGGAAUGUAGUUCCAAUGAGCACUGGUCAUGCCCCUUCUGAAGGCAGGGGAGUUGGAGAUAUUGAUGCCAGCACUGAUGUGGUUAUGGAUGACGCUUUACUGAAUGAUGAAGCUCGUCAGCCUCUGUCAAGGAAAGUUUCUGUUCCUUCAUCUAAGAUAAACCCUUAUAGAAUGGUCAUUGUUCUACGGCUUAUUAUCCUCUGCGUUUUCUUACACUACCGUAUAACAAAUCCGGUGACCAAUGCUUAUGGUUUGUGGCUGGUAUCUGUAAUUUGUGAGAUUUGGUUCGCUUUAUCAUGGAUAUUGGAUCAGUUCCCUAAAUGGCUUCCAGUGAAUCGUGAGACUUAUCUCGACAGGCUUUCUCUGAGAUAUGAUCGAGAAGGAGAGCCAUCCCAAUUAGCUGCUGUUGACAUUUUUGUCAGUACCGUUGACCCUUUAAAGGAGCCUCCUCUUGUUACAGCAAAUACUGUCUUGUCUAUUCUUGCAGUUGACUACCCAGUGGACAAGGUUUCUUGCUACGUAUCUGAUGAUGGAGCUGCCAUGUUGACAUUUGAAGCUCUUUCUGAGACUUCUGAAUUUGCAAGGAAAUGGGUCCCUUUCUGCAAGAAGUAUAACAUCGAGCCCAGAGCACCAGAAUGGUAUUUUUCACAAAAGAUUGACUACCUGAAAGAUAAAGUUCAGCCUUCAUUUGUCAAGGAUCGUAGAGCCAUGAAGCGAGAAUAUGAAGAAUUCAAAGUCCGUGUCAAUGGGCUUGUUGCGAAGGCAACAAAAGUGCCUGAGGAAGGAUGGGUGAUGCAAGAUGGCACUCCAUGGCCGGGAAAUAACACUAGAGAUCAUCCAGGAAUGAUACAGGUUUUCUUAGGCCAUAGUGGAGGACUUGACAGUGAGGGUAAUGAAUUGCCUCGGUUGGUCUAUGUGUCUCGUGAGAAGCGUCCAGGCUUCCAACAUCACAAAAAGGCUGGUGCAAUGAAUGCCCUUGUUCGUGUAUCAGCAGUCCUUACCAAUGGUCCGUUCAUGUUGAAUCUGGAUUGUGACCACUACAUAAACAACAGUAAGGCUUUGAGGGAAUCUAUGUGCUUUCUGAUGGAUCCAAACCUUGGGAAACAUGUCUGUUAUGUUCAGUUUCCCCAGAGAUUUGAUGGUAUUGAUAAGAAUGAUCGAUAUGCCAACCGCAAUACUGUCUUCUUUGACAUAAACUUAAGAGGCUUAGAUGGCAUCCAAGGACCUGUUUAUGUGGGUACUGGAUGUGUCUUCAACAGAACUGCUUUAUAUGGUUAUGAACCUCCAGUCAAGCCCAAGCAUAGAAAAGUAAGUUUCUUAUCUCCGUGCUGUGGUGGAUCACGAAAGAAGGGCUCAAAAUCAAGUAAAAAGAGCUCAGACAAGAAGAGAUCUAGCAAGCAUGUUGACCCUACUGUGCCAAUAUUCAAUCUAGAAGAUAUAGAAGAGGGAGUGGAAGGUGCUGGAUUUGAUGAUGAGAAGUCCCUGCUCAUGUCACAGAUGAGCCUCGAGAAAAGAUUUGGUCAGUCAGCUGUGUUUGUUGCUUCUACACUUAUGGAAAAUGGUGGUGUUCCUCAAUCUGCUACUCCUGAUACUCUCCUUAAAGAAGCUAUCCAUGUUAUUAGUUGUGGAUAUGAGGAUAAAACUGACUGGGGAAAUGAGAUUGGAUGGAUUUAUGGUUCCGUGACGGAAGAUAUCCUUACAGGAUUCAAGAUGCAUGCCCGUGGUUGGCGAUCAAUCUACUGCAUUCCCAAUCGACCAGCAUUCAAAGGAUCUGCUCCUAUUAACCUGUCAGAUCGUCUGAACCAAGUGCUUCGAUGGGCUUUAGGUUCCGUUGAAAUUCUUCUUAGUCGGCACUGCCCCAUAUGGUAUGGUUACAGUGGAAGGCUAAAAUGGCUCGAGAGAUUUGCAUACAUCAACACCACCAUUUACCCCAUAACUUCCAUUCCUCUUCUUGCAUAUUGUACAUUGCCCGCAGUCUGUCUGCUUACUGGAAAGUUCAUUAUUCCACAGAUUAGUAAUAUUGCCAGUAUCUGGUUUAUAUCACUCUUUCUUUCCAUCUUUGCCACUGGUAUAUUGGAGAUGAGGUGGAGUGGGGUUAGGAUUGAUGAGUGGUGGAGAAACGAACAGUUCUGGGUUAUUGGAGGCGUUUCAGCCCAUCUUUUUGCCGUUGUCCAAGGGUUGCUCAAAGUUCUUGCUGGCAUUGACACCAAUUUCACUGUAACCUCGAAGGCAUCUGACGAGGAUGGGGAUUUCGCUGAGCUGUACAUGUUCAAAUGGACAACUCUUCUCAUUCCACCGACAACUCUCCUCAUUAUCAACCUGGUUGGAGUGGUAGCCGGCAUCUCAUAUGCCAUCAACAGUGGGUACCAGUCAUGGGGUCCCCUCUUUGGGAAGCUGUUUUUUGCCUUCUGGGUGAUUGUUCACCUCUAUCCUUUCCUCAAGGGUUUAAUGGGACGCCAGAAUCGAACACCUACCAUUGUGGUUGUAUGGUCAAUUCUCCUUGCAUCCAUAUUCUCCUUGUUAUGGGUUCGCAUUGAUCCCUUCAUCAUCAAGGUGACUGGCCCUGAUACUCAACUGUGUGGAAUCAACUGCUAGAGGGUAAGAUCAGUGAACAACAAAGAGACCCGCCACAGACAAUUUAGAGUUUAUAUUUGGGUACCCUCAUCAGCCGAUGCCUGCGAAUAGGAUUUUUUCGUUUGAGGCAGUGCUGGGGCUGUACCUAUUGAAGUUGGGGUUUUGAUUAUUUUGUGUAGUAUACACAUGUAGAUAGGACACUUUGAUGCAUUUGUUGUUCUGUAAGUUGGUGAUUAUUUAUUUGUUGGAUUGAUGGAAUUUUGAGCUCUGUUUAGGUCAGAAACGACUUGGACUGGAGCUGCCUGCUUUCCCUAUUGGGUUUUCUGCAGAAAAAAUGCAGGAAGAAAAAAAAAAAAAAAAAUUUAAUUCCAGAUCUUGUAAACCUUUUCUGCCCA